GGGACGUCGGGGUAAACGGUGACGGAGCACAUACGAAUCGAAACAAAAGUAUCUUCCUAUCUUUCUACUGGUCGCCACACAUAUCCGCUCUCGUCCGCGCAGGUCUCCCUUUCCCCUACGUACUCCCAUGCCUACUAGUGAAAAACAGAUCGUUGUAGCCAGUAUAAUAUAAUAAGGUUAACCAUGCUAACAAAAGAAAGAUAAGUUAGGCUUCAUAAAGACCCCCACUAUUCACUGACUCCGCUCCAUUCCUUUAACCCCCGUACCGCUUCCGACGGCGCAUUAUCUUCUUCCGACGGCCAUCAUUUCCUCCUAUGGAUGCGUUAAUCCAAAGCGCAUCUCCAAACAUUUAUCCGAAUAAAUGAAACAACAUCCUAAGCAUCCGAGCAUGCCGAGCAGCGUCUACGGUUCCAGAACGGUUCCCCUUGGCUUAAGUGGAAGCGCGCAAAGAUGUCGUGAGCUAUUGCGGGGCAGAAAGUCGUCGAGCGUUCCCAGAGGUGUCAUGGAUCAUUACGAAGCAGACGGUAGUGGAAUGUUCUCUGCGUUCAAGGACUACCCCUACUUUGCAGAACCAUCAAGGUUGAGCACCGGGCACAAAUCCAGCAGGACAGUGAACCAGAGAAAUAAGAUGCCGGCGCGCAAGCCACAGUCAAGGCCCCUCUACUUACGAUUGACUUUGAUUCUCACUCUUCAAUACUUCCUACCCUUCCAUUCCCUCCUCGAAAUCAUAAUCCGCUUCGUGUGACCUCUUUUUUUCUCUAUCUGAAGAUUCGUGGUCGCGAUAAUUGGACGGCAAUACAGUCUUCACCGGGAGCGUGGCAAAACUGGGCGGAUUGAGGUGUUCACUUUUUUCCCAUGCAGUGCUUCUGUUCGCCACCCGCUUAGUUUCGUCAUGCCCCUACCGGUAGUACAAACCCUUUCAUAUCAUUCUCAAAAACCACUACCAGUAUGAUAUAAGCUGCUUUCUCAGCGUCUCACAGACACCCCCGCAUAUACUGCCACCUGCUUCAAGCACGAGUACUAUGGACUGCGAUCUGAGGUCAACAUCACGAAAAAUAGUCGCAAAGCUAUCGCCCUCUCCCAACUUUAUCACCACUAUGAUACCUUCGCGGCCCUAUAAGACCGCGAGACGCCCACAAAGACAAGGUUGUCAAGGAGACAAAGGAUCAUAUCAGCAAGAAGCCUACACAAAUCGGGGUGAGCUGGGACGUUGGCUUCGCCAAAGCUACAACAGAGCUCGAGAGUGAGGAGGUCAUCACCGACGACGGAGAGUUAAUAGAUGCCGUCACAUAAGUGCGCCUACACUGGCAUGCCAUGGAUACGGAGGCUGGCGUCGAAGUUGUUCAUGCUGCAGAGAACUCUCUUGCGCGCUUGGCCUGGGUGACCCGGCCGAGGGUGCCGCUAACGAAGCAGGGGGUGAUGAGGAUGUUGUUAAAGAGUGGAUAAAAUUCUCUUUACUUUGAAAAUAACGGGGCUAUUGUAUCUUUUCGGGCAUGAAAGGCCCCGACGGGUUUGGAAGGGCGGUAAUCUACCUUUUUUGGCUUAGCUACGUUCACUAUCCGCUCUACUGCUCUACUCUACCUUUUUUGAGUUCAUUUCGGUCCUUGGUUUAGAUACCCUCAUGGGGAAUUGCGGCGGUGAUAUGUAAGAUCCAUUUAACCAGCUUGUUGCGAAACCGGUGGUGGAGAAUGUUUGUUCCCAAUGACCUAAGCGUUAUACUAUAUCCCACAAACCUCCAUCCUGAUCACGGCCUGGUUAGUAUAGUAAGUACCAGCAAGAGGCCCCCGGGACCUCGAGGGGGGGAAAGAAAGGAUAAAAAUCUUACCAAUCACCCCUGGUGUUCACUUAUUAUUCAUGUUUUUUUCCGCCCUAUUAUCCGCCCUCCCUCCACUGAGAGAUACUGUUGGACGGAGAUCCUUUUCGGCUGCUCACCACUUAUCCGCUUCUAUUGAAACUCUCCAUAACCCUAACCCGAAUACGUAGACUCGGGCGUCUGCGUAUUCUGACAAGUAAAUCCUGACCCUCUCUACACACAUACAGCCUCUCGAGUGUAUCUCUAUACGUUUGAACAACAAUUAGUCCUACACAUCAAACAACAUCAAGCAUCACUUUCGGCAACACUUGCGACAACUCCUUUUUGAAGGCAGUACCCC